AUGCCUGGUUUGGGCGCAAUGGGAGAGACUAAUCUGACUCCUCCCCAAAUCCAAUUGGGGUGGUCUGCCCCUUCUUCACGUACUCAUACUCCUGCACCUGCGGCUGUGCCGCCUCAUGUAUAUUCUCCCAUGUCUUUUGAUCAAAUGUUGGAUUGUGAGCUUCUUGAUAUGGUUGCACAAAAUAUGAUUGUAUUAAAAAAGGAAUUCUUGCAACUACAAGGAGCCUAUGAAGCACAAGGAGAUCAAUUAGCUCUAUUAAGAGCUGAACUAGAAGAACAUUGCAAGCAAUUGCGUAAUCAGCAUAUAUUUUAUUCCAACCAAAUCCAAGGAGCGGCUGCUUCUAUACAAGUGGUGCAAGACCAUCUUAUUCAUCUUUCCCCUUCUUGUUCCACAGCUCCUCCUCCCCCACCUCCACCUGCUGGCACCAGUACAGCCACAAAUAUUCCUCCUGCUCCCAUAACGUCUUCCUCUGAUCUAAAAUUUGCCAAGCCAAACAAGUUCAGUGGCAAAAAGGAAGACGCACUCAAUUUCAUCAUUGCCUGCCAAGCUUAUAUAAGGGCAAAAGGGGCCAACCGAUCCCACGAGGAAAAGAUUUUGUGGGUUACAUCAUAUUUUGAGGGAGCUGCUGAAGACUGGGUUCGCCCAUAUAAAGAAAGGAAGGUGUUUAGGGGAGAAGCAGUGCCUCUUUUGGAAGAUAUUGACACUUUUUGGGCCAAGUUUACUAAGCAUUAUGUGGACACUAAUUGCAAUGAGAAAUAUCGGCAAAAAUGGAACAACUUGCGGCAGAAGGCUUUGGUCCAGGAAUAUACUUGUGAAUUCCAACAGUACUCAGUCUCUCUUGGGUACAGUGAUGAGACGCUGCGUGACAAAUACUACAACGGCCUCAAGAACAAGAUUAAGGACAUCAUGCUUUCAACAAUGUUCCAGUGGCGUCGCGCUACCGCCCAACAAGUCUACGACAAGGCAGAGGAGAUUGCAAAUCAUAUUGAAUCUACUUGCUUAUCCAACCCCUCUGCUUCUACCAUUCGUGCCACUCCUACUGCUGUUCCCACUUCCAAUUCCAACCCCACUCCCACUCGUACUUGCCUUAAUGUUGGGGACAAUGUUUAUAUGAUCAAUCCCACCACUUGUUGCGCCAAAAAAGGCGCUAUCACUUCCAUUGUUUGUACCACCUCUGGCAAUAUGCCAAAUGACAAACGCCCUGCUGCAGCUGCCCCUGUCAAGACUAUCAUUGCCCCCACCCCUGUUCUAGCAUCUAGUUCUAAAGGCCCAGGUCCCAUGGAUCUUGAUGGAAGGGGCUUUUCAAACCUCACCUGCCAUAUAUGCGGUGGCAAGGGACAUUUUGCGCGCAGCUGUCCCUCUAAACCUAUGUCUGGACAUGUGGCUAAUGUCAAAUGGUCUUGGGAAAGACCCAAAGAAGAAAGCCAAAUUGAAGUUGUCUCUGAUGAGGAGGAGUCGGGAAAAGGAAAAGCCAAGGCCGACUAA